UUCCAAAACGCAACGAGAAGCACGUCUUAAGACUAUGGAACAAGAAAUAAAUCAGACACGUCGUCAACUAACUGAAUUAUUGCGUUUAGAGAAAGCUAACGAGGCUAGAGAAUCGGAAUGUUUAAGAUUAAGAAACAAAAUACAGUCGUUGAGCUCUUCAGUGAUCCGAUCAGCUAAUGAACUGAAGGAAGAAAGCACUGCUUAUCGAAAAUGGCGUAAAGAAAAGGAAACUGAGGAAUUAUACAGAAAUCAUUCCGAUGCUGAUCAUUUACAUGAUACUGUAAUUUCUGAACUCCAGAAAAUCGAAUCCAUUCUCAACUCCUUAAAUCAAUUUGUUAGAGAUAAAUUCAAUGAAUAUUUUGAAGUGAUUAGUUAUAUUGAAGAAUUGAAAAACAUCCAAACUGGAUUGAUAAAACUAUUUGAUGAGUCGAAUAAAAUGAAAGACAUUCAAUCUCGGCUUCAAGCUGCUAAUGAAAACAUUGACCAGUUAAAAAAAGAAAAUGCUGAACUACGAGAUGCUUGUAAAAUUCAGCACGAUAAAUUAAUGACGAUAAGAUCAUUAGCUGCAUUUGAUCCGGAAUUAGUACUUGUUUCCGCUGGAAAUGAUUCUUCAUUCGUCUGUCCUGUGGGUGGUUCUUAUCUGAAUACUUUAAGUGAAUCAGUUGGUCAUACUUUGUCUGCUCUAUUAGGUGAUCCAAUGAAACCAAUCAAUCCAAGGUGA